AAUCAACAAUGGUUACCAACGCCAUCUUGUUGUGUGCCAUUAUGAUGGCGUCCUGCCAUGGUUUCAACUUUAACAACGGAAACAACUUCAUGGAUGCGCUCUCCUCACACUGCACAUCCGGCAACUUCCGACCCAACAACGGAGACCACAUGCCCCAAGCCACGCCCGCCCCCUACACCAUCACAGUCGUGUCCCCCAGCGGCACCAUGUACUCACCAGGACAGGAAGUCACGAUUACUAUCGAGGGUGCAAGGAACGCAACAGGCGUCAGGAAAUUCCAAGGAUUUUUUAUUCAAGGGGACGUAACCAAGGCGUCGUUUUCAGGGGACAUCACUUGUGGAGCAGACGGCCACAACGUUACCUACUGCGGCAAACCCGGGGCAGGGAACACCAACGAUUUACCCAAAGAAAAAGUCGUCUGCAAGUGGACGCCGCCAGAUUUUCAGAUGGGGACUCUCCAGUUUGUGGCGACAAUCGAGGAGAACUUCUCAACUUUCUGGACAGGUGUAAAAAGUGAAACGAAUCUUUCACCUGACCCAUCAACAAUGACAUAUGAACAGAAAGCUUUACAGAUGCGAGAAAAACUUUUGAGGCAGAUGCAGGGACUUACAGGUUUCGCUGGCCAGAACCAAAAUCCAUUUGCUGGAAUAUUCGGAGCCCAAGGGUAAAAUAUGAACUACGAAGUUGACUGUGACGUCAAACCUAUGUCUGGUGUUGCCCCUGUGAGGUGUGAAGUAGAACAACACACAACAGAUCGACCCUACCUUUUAUUUUAUUUAAAGAGGUGUCACAGUUUUUAUAUACGGCACUGGAAUUUAAAAUUGAGAACAUGUGAUAUUAAUGAUUAAUUUAAUGAGUAAUUAACGUAAUGAUCAACUGAUUGGAUUAGCUUUUAAUUGUCGGGCUAAUAACCUGUUUGGAAUUUGUGUUUUAACAAUAAAAAAUAAUUUCUU